UAUUUUCCUCUGUGUGUAUUUUUCCCCUUGAAGAGCUGUUUCGUGCGACCUCUCUCUCUCUCUCUCUCUCUCCUCUAUUUAUCUUUUCUUUCUUUCUUUCUUUCUAUCUUUCUUCCGUCGUCUUUUUUGUUUUUCUGUAGAAUAUCUCUUGGAGCUGCCAAAAUACAAUCGAAUAACCUCUCGCUUUGCUCUUUCUUCCACCACCUCAGUUGACGGAGAGAGAAGAGAGCUUUGACGGAAAAAUAAAAUCAUAAGUGGGGGAAUGGCAGAGACUGUUCCUGAAGUUUCUGGAGUGAGCUCAAAUGGACAUCACAGUGUAUCAGGAGGAGAAGCACUCUCCUUGUGGAGGUCUUCUGGUCAAGUGGAGAAUGGGACCCCAUCAACAUCUCCCUCUUACUGGGACACCGAUGAUGAUGAAGAAGAUUACGGCCUUAAACCCUCUCAAUUAUUUGGGAAACAUACUUGGAAGAUAGCUAAAUUCUCAGAAAUCAACAAAAGGGAGCUCCGUAGCAGUGUUUUUGAUGCUGGCGGCUACAAAUGGUAUAUUUUAAUUUAUCCACAAGGAUGUGAUGUUUGCAAUCAUCUUUCCUUGUUCCUCUGUGUUGCAAACCAUGAGAAACUUCUUCCAGGCUGGAGUCAUUUCGCUCAGUUCACUAUAGCUGUGGUGAAUAAAGAUUCAAAGAAAUCCAAGUUUUCAGAUACGCUGCACCGGUUUUGGAAGAAAGAGCAUGAUUGGGGAUGGAAAAAGUUUAUGGAGUUGCCUAAGUUACAUGAAGGGUUCAUAGAUGAUUCUGACUCUCUUACGAUUGAGGCUCAAGUUCAGGUGAUCAGGGAGAGGGUGGACCGACCUUUUCGCUGCCUUCAUUGCGGUUAUAGGAGAGAGCUGGUUAGGGUGUAUUUUAAUAAUGUUGAGCAACAUUGCCGACGUUUUGUGGAAGAGAAAAGAAGCAAGCUUGGGAGGUUGAUAGAGGACAAGGCAAGAUGGACGAGCUUCGGUGUUUUCUGGUUAGGGAUGGACCAGAACUGUAGGCGUCGGAUGUCUAGAGAGAAAAUGGACGUUAUACUAAAAGGAGUUGUAAAACACUUUUUCAUAGAAAAGGAAGUUACAUCCACUUUGGUGAUGGAUUCCUUGUAUAGUGGGUUGAAGGCUCUUCAAGGCCAAGCUAAGAACAAGAAAGCUAGGCCAAGUUUGUUAGAUGCCAAAGAAUUGCCAGCUCCGAUUGUUAGUGUGGACAAAGAUAUGUUCGUAUUAGUUGAUGAUGUGCUGUUGCUCCUAGAGAGAGCUGCUCUAGAACCAUUGCCUACACAUGAGGAUAAAAGUCCCCAAAACCGUACAAAGGAUGCCAAUGAUGGAGAAGAGGUCAACAAUGAAGUCGUUGAGCGUGAUGAGAGACGUUUAACUGAGUUGGGUAGACGAACCGUGGAGAUAUAUGUUCUUACCCAUAUCUUCAGCAGCAAAAUCGAGGUUGCAUAUCAAGAAGCUAUUGCGCUAAAAAGGCAGGAAGAACUGAUUCGCGAGGAAGAGGAAGCGUGGUUGGCAGAAACCGAACAGAGGGCCAAAAGAGGAGCAGCAGAGAGGGAGAAGAAAUCUAAAAAGAAACAAGCGAAACAGAAACGGAACAAAAAUAAAGGGAAGGACAAAAGGAAGGAAGAAAAGGUGACUGUUGCAACACAUGAAAAGGAUCUAAAAGAGAACCAACAUGAUGAGGAAGAAAAGGAUUCUGUGACAGAGAGAGCACAAUCCUCAGCUGAAAAGACUGAUAUUCUAGGAGAUGUGUCAGACGACGUAUCUGAUUCUGUGGAUGGUUCGGUCGACAUUCUUCACCCUGAUUUAGAAGAUGGGGACAGUAGCUCGGUCCAUUGGGAAACCGACACCUUGGAAACUUAUCCUCCUCCAUCAGGAGGGAGUGACAUUUCCAUAUCCACACCCAAUGGAAUUGGAGAAAGAAAGAAUCAGUCCACAGUGGAUGAUAGUUCCUCAACUUGUUCUAAUGAUUCUAUCCGGUCAGGGGUUAACAAUGGGUCGUACAAAGGGAAUGCCUUGAAUUUCAGAAACCAGAAGUCACCAAACAAAGGAACGAACCACCAAGUAAAAAUGAUAUCUGAUACCCGGAGCUUAGCGAGUGAAACAGAUAAUCAACCUUCAACACUUGGAACAGAAUCAAAGAGUCAGAGUUCUCCGUCCGAAUCCGAUUGGGUUGUUGUCUCCCGCAUCCAGGAGCCAGAGAGCUCUCGGAAUCGUAGUCCCGUUGGGAAGGAACGCAACGUUGCUCAAAUCAUUGUGAACUCGGUUGACAUGGAUCGACUUAAAGUGAAAAGCGCUGCUGUGCUUUCUUCUCCCAGAAGUGCUGCCAAGAAUCCUUCACCAUUAACUCAGACAAAGCCGGAGAAAAAGAGCGUUGACGCUGUUCCAAAUAGGAAGGUAAUCUCAGCUCCUGGACCACCUUCAUCAAGUCAAGUAGUGCGGCCUUCUUCAGAGAUUCAGUCGCAAACUGUUGGUCCCAGAGCUGAUGUGCAAAAGAUCUCUGCUCCAAAACAAUCUGCGACAACAACAACUAUAUCAAGGCCGUCUAGUGCUCCAAUAAUCCCUGCGAUGCAACCGGCCCCUAUCAUCGCCUCCUCUUCGGUUCAGUCAACAUCAUCAUCCCUUCCUCGGUCGGUUAGCUCAGCUGGUCGUCUAGGUCCCGACUCUUCGGUACACAACCAACAGACUUACAUUCCUCAGUCCUAUAAACACGCCAUAGUCGGUAACUCUCCUGGUUCAACAUCUAGUUUCAUCCACCACACAAGCUCUCACGGAGUUGUCCCAACCACAUUGCCAUCAUCAUCUUACUCACAAACACCGACAUUAUCUCAUCAGUCAAGCUUCCCUUUCAGUCAAGAUGCGUUUAUGUGGGCAGGAAGGAGUUCAAAUUCUGUAAACAUGGGCAUGAACAGCCCUUACACGCCAGCCGUGACUAGCAACAGAUCUAUAAGCCACAUCGAUGUCGAGAUUGCGCGACAACAACAACCACAAAGCUUGAUGACCGACGAGUUCCCUCACCUCGACAUCAUCAACGACCUGCUCGAAGACGAAAGCUGCAGCAACAUGGCGUUUAACGGAAACAUAUACAAUUCACAACCGCAGCUUUUCAACAGCCAAUACGCUUACCGUGGUGGUGCGGAUUUAGGCAUGUCAGGUGAGUUUAUGUCUAGUGGCAGGUCCAGAAGUUUCGGAGAAGAAGGAUUCCAUUACAUGCCGCGUGUCUCUGCAUCCGGAGCAUACGGUGGGGAUGGUUUGAUGCCGACGCAGUGGCAAAUGGGGAACGUGGACUUGUCUUUGCUAGCGAUGAGGAACAGUAACUUGGAAGAUACAACACCAACAUAUCAUCAUCACACGUAUUCGAGUUUUUCGCCUGGGAUUAAUGGAUACACUGAGUACAGACCUUCGUCUAAUGGCCACUGAUGGGUAGUCUCUGCCUCUUGUGAGGAAAUGAAGCAAAUGAAUUUGGGAUUUGUAAUGUUUUUUAUCUAAAAAAAAGAAAAAAAAAUUACGAUUACAGUUUGUGUAAAGAGAGUUUCUCUUCUCCACGUUUAAAUGAAUUUACUUUUUUUUUUUUUUU